AUGGCUGGGGGCAACUACUCAAGUGUCACCGAGUUUGUCCUCUUGGGCUUCACUGACCUGCAGGAGCUGCUCUUUGUGAUUUUUUUACUCAUCUACAUCACCACGCUGGUGGGGAACCUGGGGAUGAUCGUCCUCAUCAGGACCAACUCUCAGCUUCAUGUGCCCAUGUACUUCUUCCUCAGCCACCUCUCUUUCCUGGACAUCUGCUAUUCUUCAUCCAUCACACCGAAGCUCCUGUUGGGUCUCCUUGCAGAGAGAAAUGUAAUUUCUUUCAAUGGUUGCAUCACACAGUUUUUCUUCUUUGUGGUAUUCGGCACCACAGAAGCCAUCCUUCUGACCGUCAUGGCCUACGAUCGCUACGUGGCCAUCUGUGAGCCUCUGCACUACUUGGUUGCCAUGUCCCGUGGGGUCCGUGUCCAGCUGGUGGUGGGCUCCUACGCUGCCGGGAGCCUGAACGCCCUUGUGCACACCAGCGCUCUCUUUCGACUCUCCUUUUGUGGCCCAAAUCUCAUCAACCAUUUCUACUGUGAAAUCCCACCACUCCUGCUACUCUCGUGCUCCAACACCUGGCUCAACGAGAUGGUGAUGGCCAUCAACUGUGUUACGACGAUGGCCAAAGGGAAUCGCACCUCCACCGCUGAAUUUGUGCUCUCAGGGUUCUCAGGGCAGGGGGAUGUCCAGGCUGUCCUCUUCAUGGUCUUCUUGGUGAUCUACGUGAUCACUCUGCUAGGGAACCUGGGGAUGCUCGUGUUAAUCAGGCUGGAUGCCCAGCUUCACACCCCAAUGUACUUCUUCCUGAGCAGCCUGUCCUUCCUAGACGUCUGCUAUUCCUCCUCAAUCACCCCCAGACUGCUCUCAGAUCUCCUAGCAGAAAGGAAGGUAAUUUCUUACUCUGCGUGCCUCGCACAGUUUUAUUUCUAUGCGGUCUUCGCCACCACUGAGUGCUACCUCUUGGCUGUGAUGGCGUAUGACCGCUAUGUGGCCAUCUGCAGCCCACUGCUCUAUGCCAUCUCCAUGUCCAGCAGAGUUUGUGUGCUGCUGGUAGCUGGCUCGUACCUUGCUGGGAUCGUGAAUGCCACUAUCCACACAGGGUUUGCUCUUCGACUGUCCUUCUGUGGUCCCAACGUCAUCAACCAUUUUUACUGCGAGGGGCCCCCGCUUUAUGCCAUCUCUUGCACAGACCCCGCCAUCAAUGAGACUAUGAUGUUCGUUGUGGUUGGCUUCAACCUGUUUGUCACCAAUCUGACCAUCCUCCUUUCCUAUGCCUACAUCCUGGCCACCGUCCUGAGGAUGCGCUCGGCCAUGGGCAAACACAAAGCCCUCUCAACGUGCACGUCCCACCUGACUGCUGUGACCCUCUUCUAUGGAUCUGCUGCAUCCAUGUACUCACGACCCAGCUCCAGGCACUCCCAGGACCUUGACAAAGUGGCCUCUGUGUUUUACACCGUAGUGACCCCCAUGCUGAACCCCCUCAUCUAUAGCCUGAGGAACAAGGAGGUGAAGGAUGCACUGGAGAGAGUGAUGGAGAGGAAACAUUAA